CCUUGUUCAAAGAAGAUGGCAGCUUUGGCAGGCGAAGCUGCAAGGCUCAACAUCUGACAAGUCCUGGAAGUCCUGACAUUUUUGGUUAAGGUUUCACUGUUUCGUUCUUUUUAACUGCUCAUCCUGUCCUACGCUUUAAGUCUCGUGACAUUGUACUGCUUAGUCCAGCAAUUAAAACGCUUACAUGCCUUGGAUGUAGCGUUAUUUACAAGUUUGUGGUAAUUUUGGUGGGUCACAUUUAAACCAAUUUGUGAAUUUUCAUCCUGUUGAAUCGUUUCAUCGCCUUAUUUGACUUUGUGAAUCCUGUUCUGCCACAAUUGUGAGAACUUCCUGUGAUUUUUACCUCACAUGACUUGUGCAUACUAUAUUCUGCACACUUCGUGUAAGAAUUGACUCAUUAGUUUAUCCAUCUAUGUCUUUAAUUGAACUAAGACAUUUUUAUACUCCUAAUUGUUCUGAAAAAUGAGUGAAAACUCUAAUGUACCUGUUGGGGAGUCUGGCGUUUCUCUGGUAACCACACAGAUGACAUCGGAAGAAAUGAACAGGUAUUGUGAGGCAUCUGUUGUGGUUACAUCUGAAGGUGUAAUGGAGUCGUCUGAUGUAUCCACUUCCAACUCAGUUAUUAUGACAACACCUCGGACCCAGGAGGUUCCAAUGGUCAGUUUGUCAGGAGGGAAGGCAGUUUACCUUUCUGACCAAUUUACGGCCGUACUUGUUAAACCAGAGUCACUACUUUACGGUGUAGAAGUCCCUAUUGUUAAGAAAGAGCCUGGAGAGAUGGCUUCGAAUGAAAUGAUGACCGUCCCUACUACAUCAGCUGUGUAUUCAGAGGGUGUUUCUGUGCCUGUCACACAAAUUCCUUGGCUUGCACCCAUCAGCCAGUCUGUUACUCAGAAAGAGGUCUCAGGCUCUGAGGAUGCACAGAAAGCGCAAAUCUUGGUACAUGAAACUUCACCUGAUUCUGCAUCAGCUACUCCUGCAGCUCCAUACAUGUUUGAAAGCAAAGAUAGACUGUUCGAGUGUGAAUUUUGCCCAAAUAUUCGUUUUACUAGAGGACAGUUGCGCCGUCAUAAGACUGUCCACUUGGGUCAAAGAAAUUAUGUCUGCAAUACAUGUGGAAAGAGGUUUGCCUGGAAACAUUCAUUACUGAAACAUGCUGUUUUGCAUACUGGACAGGCGCCGUUUUCAUGCAAUCAGUGUGGUAAGUUGUUCUCAGCAGCACAUCACCUUCAACAUCAUGUGAAGCAGCAUGAUGUUCAAAGACGAUAUGACUGUUCAAAAUGUGACAAAGUCUUCAGUCAGCCUGAGGACCUCGCUGUCCAUAUUGAAUCUCACUCAAGCUCUGAGACAUAUAUGUGCAACAUCUGCGCCAAAUGCUUUGCUUCUAAAUUUGAGUUGACUUCCCAUAUGCGUGCGCACAAUGAAGCUGCUGGUACAGUAGUAUCAACUGGGGCGCAUUCGCUCAUUAAACAGAAUGUGGCACCAGGGGGUAUGGUGUACCUCACUCAACCUGACAUGUCAGCUGCACAGAUGAUUUCUCAUCCAAAACUUGGUGGAGCAGUUAAUCAAAUAAGUCCGCAUAUUGUUACACUUCAGGCAGCAGUCCCUAAUGUACCUGUGACUUCAGUGGCCUCGUGUCCUAGCACCUAAUAUAUUUUCAUUACAAUACUGUAUUAUUGUAUGCAAUGAAUUGUAGCCCAUUGUCUUCCUACUAACUCUUCUUGGAACUCUUUUUCUUGUGAUAUUGUGUAUUUAAACAGAUUUUUGUUGUCAGUUACUAUUGUUCUUUCAAAACCAAAGCGUUUUCUCUAGGCCUUGUUAGCCUUCAAUUUCAUCUCAACAACUUAAGAGAUUAAUAUUAUUCUUAAUGCUUCUCCAAUGGGUUAUUGCUAGAAAAAUAGAUUUGUUCAUCUAGUGUGAGGAUCUUUUCUCUUUUGCAAAGUGCUUUACAAAAGUUUAUAGGUGUUUCAAAAGUUGACUUUUCUUUACAAUUUCAUUUUUAAUGUGUAAUUUUAAUCCAAAUCAAAUGUGGAGUAAUAUUCAAGCACUGUAGAAUUUUUUUCUUCACUGAUAUUCAUUCUCAACUGUUUCCUCUUUAAACAAUUUAUUGCUUGUCUCUCUCCUGACCAAUUUGUACUGCACUUGCAAUAGAUUAGUUGCACAUACUCUUUUCCUCAUACAGCAUCUUCUUAAAAAAAGAAACUUCCUACUGCUCUCUAUCUUAGUGCAGACAUUGUUUCAUCUGUCUUUUUUUCUUUUUUUUUUUUCCAACUUUCAACAUUUACACCUGGCUUUAUGAUAUCUUGAAAAAUUUAUCCUAGAUAGGCUUGAAUUUUGAUCAAGGAUUCAAGGAGUUUUGUUGGUCAAAGUUUCUUCUUAAUGUUGAUUUGUUGGAAUUGCAGUGAAAUUUGCAUGGGAAACUUACCUACUUGUGAUCAUUGUUAGCUUGUGGACAUACAAAUGUGGAUUUUCAGUGUGGAAAAGUUAAACUUAGUCCCAUUAUGGUCUUUGAUGCUUUUGAAGACGUGGGUAAGUCAGUACUCCAUCCACUUUUACAACUUCACUCCUGGGUGACUGAUUGUUCUUGUAAAAAAUAAGAAAACUAUCGGUGCUUUCUCCCAAGCUGUGUUUCCUAUGUGAUAAAAUUAGGCAAGGUUGCAUUUAAUAGUAUGCCAUUAAUUACAGUCUAUUUUUGUGUCAUCUUCUGUUACACUUGUUGUAAAUGUUAUAAAUUUUAUGAUGGUUAAUGUUUGAUUGGUUAUAAGAAUGGCUUAGAUAUUAUAUGUUAUCUUACUGCAUUUAAAGAUGUAUGUAUAGUAGUAUGAGGUGCUUACCUGAACUCGCACUGGCUGCUAUUUACAACACACCUUCUGUGUCAUACAGAACUUACAUAACAUUAUUAUAUUAUUUUUUUUUUCAUUUUGUUUUCUAUUUAAAUGUUAGGCUUAGAUCUAUCAGGAAUGUAUAAAAUACUUAAUUAAAAUUCUUCUAGAAUUUUGAAUAUAGUUGGUGGAGAAAAUGUGCCCUGCAGUCAUUUGUUUCAGAAAUGAUGUAAAAUUUUAAAAUUGCAAUGAAGCAGAGGUGUGUAGUCAUUGAAAUUGGCAUGUUAAACUUUUCAUAAAUCCAGUUGCUGAAACAAGGAGAUGGGCUUUUUAGAUAGACUUUUGUAUGUGUCACAAAAAUUGAUCAUAUGUGAGAGACUUCUGAUUUGGAUCCAUGCUUCAUGAGUUUGCCAAUUCCACCAAUUUGUUCUGUAGUCUUCGUAAUUGAUAUUGCUCAGAAGCUCAUGCUUGUAGUGUGCAAUACAAGAUUUUUUUUAUCAAAUUCUGGCUCUUAGUCUGUAGCUGACAUUAAAGUGUUGUUUUUUUUCCAUUUUUUUUUACAGUUAUAAUAAUUGUGUAUCCAGUUUGCCAUGCCUUUAAAAGAAGGUUUGUUGUUACCACUUAGGAUCUAAGAGUCUUGUUUGUGUUCUAUUAAUACAAAUAUGAUUUGUUUUAUGACAUUCAACCAAUUUGGCAAAGCGCAUUAUAUACAUGUGUACCUUGCAAAAGUUCCUCUCAAGCUAAGCAUCUUGAAAAAAAUAAUUAAUAAAAAAUAUAGUAAAUAA